AUGAGGGGCAGACAAAAAUCUCUGCCGCUUUGGGGGAGUUUCCGGGAAAUAGUGGGGGGUGAAAUUUGGUCUCGAUCUAUCCAGACUUAUGUCCUGGGACACCUCCAUACCAUCCUCGUCAAGGUGUGGAACGGAGGAGAUAUUCCGCGAGAGUGGAAGGAUGCAACCAAGGUGCUGUACAAGAAGGGUGACCGGUCCAACUGUAACAACUAUAGGGGGAUUUCGCUACUAUCUCACGUAGGCAAGGUCCCCAUCAAGAUCAUCACCAACCGUCUAAGCGCCUUCUGCGAAGCCAACAAUAUCCUCCCGGAGGAACAGUGCGGAUUUCGGCCCGGGCGAUCCACCGUCGACAUGCUAUUCGUCGUGCGCCGCCUCCAGGAGCUGGGGCGAAGAAAGAAAAGACGGCUCUACAUGUGCUUCGUCGACUUGAACAAGGCGUAUGAUUCGGUGGACCGAGAGAUGCUAUGGAAGGUGCUGGCCAGGGCCGGGAUUCCCGCGAAGCUGAUCGAAGUCAUCCGCCAAUUCCACGAUGGAAUGCGGGCCCGGGUGCGCAUGGACGACGAAGAACUAUCGGACUGGUGCUUCGUGACACAGGGCGUGCGACAAGGAUGUGUGCUAUCCCCACUGCUGUUCAACAUCUUCUUCGCCGAGGUCCUCGAGGUCGUUGUCAUCCGAUUCAGCGAGGAUGAUGUUGUUCUGCGGAGCCUGGUGUGCUUGGAGGAGGGGAAGACGGAAGCGGGGGGGGGGGAGGAGACACCCCUUGACCGAGUACGGAGGGCAGUAUGGGGGAUGCUGUAUGCCGAUGAUGCCGGCGUCGUAUCGAGGUCUGCAGAAGGACUGGCGAGAAUGAUGACCAUCAUCGUUGAGGUGUUCGGGGAGUUCGGGCUAACGGUGUCGGAGAAGAAGACGGAGACGCUCCUGAUGCGCGCGAAGGACAAGCCGGCUACAACAUCGCAGCCCGCCUCGCCUCCGCCAUUGACCAUCGAAGCCGCGGGACAAGAAUACGCCCAGACGACCGAGUUCCAGUACCCCGGUGGCCUCGUCAACGACCAUGGCGACCUCACCCGGGAGAUCAACUGCAGGAGCAGAGGAGCGUGGGCGUGCCUCAGGCGAUAUGGCCGGGAGCUCUUCGACAGACCGAAAGCGCCAUUCCGACUCAAGAUCCGCCUGCUCCAGGCGGAGGCGAUGGAGGCACUGCUGUACGGCUGCAUGACAUGGUCACCACUCAGCGGCCACUAUCAGACGCUGCGGUCGAUACACCACCGACUGCUCUUUCGAGUUAUCGGGUACAAGCUCAAGAAAGACACCUACCGGCAGCUCUCUUAUCCCCGGACGCUGGAGAGGGUCGAAUGCCAGAGCGUUGAAGCCACGAUCCGACAACGACGCCUACUGUUCGCGGGAGCAUUGGCAAGGCAGCCGGACGGGCGACUCCCGAAACGACUGAUGUUCGGCGAACUGGCAGGGGGGGAGAAGCGACGUAGGGGGGGACAGGAACAGAACUGGCCGAAGUGUGUGCUCGACGACCUGAAGGCAUUCGGGGCCGACCACGGAUCUACGAAAAACGAUCCAUGUUGUCGCGGAAUCCCGGUACCGAAAGACACGCCACCGACGUUAAAGUGGACGGAAGCCGCGAAGGUAGAGGGCGGAGUACCCUGGCAUGCGGC